AUGUUUUUACACGAUCAUAACACGCAAACGAAUGCAGAUACCGUUACUUUUAAGAAUAUACUCAACGCAUCACUUUCUUUGCCAGAAGCACUAGACUUUUUAGAAGAAUUAUGUUCUGACGACGAGAGCGGAGCUCCAGCUAAUGUGCAAGCAUUAUAUAUUCAGCCACCCCGUAUUGAGGGGGAUUUAAGUGGCGAAGAUUCAGGUGACGAUGAUGGUGGACUACCAGACAAUUUAUGCCCAGCGCAGCUAAAGUCAGGGUGUGAAAUUGUUUUGGAAAACGGUCGUCGAAUAGAAAGUCUUGAUGGCGAGCAAAUUUGCCUUGGUACUGAAAUCGAAGACGAGCCUGUUUUAUUUGAUAUACUGGAUGAUUGUUUGCCGAGCUCAUCAAAGAAAAUAUGUCGUGUGAAUCCUUCAAAGCCUGGUGUUCCAAUCCCACCAGCUAACAAAGAAAGAAAUUUCACCUGGCCAAAUUAUGAAGACAGUCGAGGACUUAGUCCUCAUGAACUAUUCGAAAAGUUUUUCAACGAUGAUUUGCUUGAACACAUAUGCAAAUGUUCAAAUUUGUACGCUACUCAUCAUCAAAAACGGUAUGAAGAACUGAAUGUGGGAGAACCUCGUGUGUUCAUUGGGAUUUUGAUUGUGACUGGUUACAAUCCAACACGGUCCUUUCGCGAUAUGUGGAGUAACGAAGAUGAUCUCCGUAACGGAAUGGUAUUCAGUGCUAUGCGAAGAAACCGCUUCGAAGAAAUAAAUUAUAUGCUUCAUUUCUCGUCAUCAAUAUGCAAACCGAAAGAUUACUCUGACAGAUAUGACUCCCUAUGGAAACUACGUCCACUUACAGACCACAUCAAGGCCAAAAUGAUGGAAAACUUUUACCCAGAACAAAAUAUCUCAUACGAUGAGA